CUGGACGGACGCGACCUGGUGCAGGAGUGGCUGGGGCAGCACCAGGGGGCGCAGUACGUGUGGAACCGCACAGGCCUCCUGCAGGCGGCCCAGGACCCCGCGGCCACUCACCUCCUGGGCCUGUUCGAGCCCACCGAGAUGAAGUACGAGAUGAGCCGAGACCCCGCGCUGGACCCGUCCCUGGAGGAGAUGACCGAGGCGGCGCUGCGGGUGCUGAGCAGGAACCCGCGGGGCUUCUACCUCUUCGUGGAGGGGGGCCGCAUCGACCAAGGCCACCACGAGGGCGUCGCACACAAGGCGCUGACGGAGGCCGUCAUGUUCGACGCCGCCAUCGAGAAGGCGGCGCUGCUCACCGACGAGCAGGACACGCUGACCCUCGUCACCGCCGACCACUCCCACGUCUUCUCCUUCGGGGGCUACACACGCCGGGGCACCUCCAUCUUUGGCCUGUCCCCCGAUAAGGCCCUGGACGGCAAGUCCUACACGUCCAUCCUCUACGCCAACGGCCCCGGCUACGCGCUGGGCCAGGGCGCGCGGCCAGACACCCGGGAAAGCGAGAGCAGCGCGCCCACCUACCGGCAGCAGGCGGCCGUGCCCUUGGCCUCGGAGACGCACAGCGGGGAGGACGUGGCGGUGUUUGCGCGCGGCCCGCAGGCGCACCUGAUGCAUGGCGUCCAAGAGCAGAACUACAUCGCGCACGUCAUGGCCUUCGCCGCCUGCCUGGAGCCCUACACCGACUGUGGCCUGCCGCCCCCGGCCCCACACGGACAAAGCGCGGGGGUCCGCCUGGACGCCACCCCCGGGACUCUGCUGCUGCUUCUGCUGCUGCUCCCGCUGGGGGGACCUGGUGCACCCUGA